CGGUUGCUUAGUGACGGUAUCCGGUGGCUGGUCUGGGGCCUGAGUGAGCGGGAGCCGCAUGGAGAGUUCAGGGUGAGCGGCAGAGGCAGAGUCCGAGUACUGGGAGCCCGCAGUUGCAGGGCCUCCGCCGCCUGCUGGCCCCAAUGGUUUUCCUCAGGUGUUUCCCGCCCCCGGCCGAGGGAGUCCGGCUCCAACAGCCCGAGAUUGCAGCGGUGCUUGACGGCAAGGGCCUGGGCACAGGCACCUUGUACAUCGCCGAGAGCCGACUGUCUUGGUUUGAUGGGUCUGGAAUGGGAUUUUCUUUGGAAUAUCCAACCAUUAGCUUACAUGCUGUGUCUAGAGAUGUGACUGUCUAUCCACAGGAGCACUUGUAUGUGAUGGUGAACGCCAAGUUAGGAGCUGAGGAAUGUAAAGAAGCGAACAUGGAUGAAAAGGCACCUGAUGGGGAGGAGGUAGAAGAUGAUGAUACUGAUCCAAUCACAGAGGUUCGGUUUGUGCCACUGGAUAAAUCAGCACUGGAGCCGAUGUUUACUGCAAUGUGUGACUGCCAAGCCCUACACCCUGACCCAGAUGAUACUGACUCUGAGAAUGAUUUUGAAGAGGAUGACGAGGAGGGAGAGGAGUAUGAUGUGGAGGCACAUGAGCGAGGACAAGGAGAUGUUCCCACCUUCUACACAUAUGAAGAAGGCUUCUCCCAUUUGAACCCUGAAGGACAGGCAACUCUGCAAAGACUUGAAGGCAUGUUAGCUCAGUCAGUCAGUCAGCAGGCCUUUCAUAUGGCUGGGGUGCGGACCGAAUCUUCAGUUGACAAUGAAGAUGGGAUGGAGGUGGACGUUGCUCCAGUGGAAGCCGGACAGUUUGAUGAUGCUGACGUUGAGCACUGACGGGCCUCAAUCGAAAGGAAUAUCUAACUUGUAAACUCUGCAUCCCAUUGUGACGCUGACAGUGGGUCAACCUGAAUAACGGAAGCUUAAUAAUUAACAUUUGGAAGAAAACACAAAAAGGACAGCUGCCUAACCUGGUUUAUAUGUAACAAAACUGUUGUGUGGGGGAGGGGUUCAAACAUGUCCUGUAUUGACAGCUACCACUUAGAUUGCUCAAUGUAAGUUGGGAUGCGAUGCUUUGUGUAGUGCUGUUCCCUUAUUGUGUACGUCACGUUUUGUGUCAACGAAUGUUGCAAGAUUACGAUGUUAAGUAAAACCUCUUUUGUACUGAGUGGAUAA